GAUAGAUAGAUAGAUAGAUAGAUAGAUAGAUAGAUAGAUAGAUAGAUGGAUGGAUGGAUAGAUGAUAGAUAGAUAGAUUUGUGAGAGGCGGGGCGUGGUCAUGCGCCGCCUGCCGGCGAUGGCAUGCACAGGAGCCGGCUGGAAGCAAGAUGACAGGUGAGUGGAUACCUCAGCUGGAACGAGUUAUCUAAUCACCUGUCUCUAUUUAGGAGCGUUGGUGACUGCAGGGCGGGGCUGAAAAGCCAGAAGGACCCCAGGAGGUGCUGAGGACGCCAGAAGGGUUGUGGGAGGACUGAGCGAGUUAAAAACUUUGUUCUCGGCGCUGCGCAACAAGGGCUUCCCCCGCAGACGGCACCUCGAACGCCAGGGCCGGUGUGCUGGGGGUGCGGCCAACCUGGUCACGUGCGCAGGGAAUGCUCACUGAUGGAGGUGGGGCAGGUGAUACGGGUGGUCGAGCCCCCAGCACCCGCCUCCGAUCCAGGGGAGGCGUACUGUGUCCCGGUAAGGGUUCAAGGGAGUAUAUACCGGGCAAUGGUGGAUUCGGGGUGCAAACAAACCAUGAUCCACCAAAACCUGGCAUUGAGGCAGGCGACACAGGGGCGAAUUAGAUGUAUUCAUGGGGAUGUGCACACGUAUCCCAUUGUUCCAGUAGAAAUUUGGCAUCGGGGACAAAAGCAUAGUGUGAAGGUUGCUGUAAGUGCGCACCUUACGCCUCCCAUAAUAUUAGGGACAAAUUGGCCGGGGUUUCCACUUCUCGUGACGCAAUUUGUGGGGAGGCGUUCACGGACCGUAGGAAAAGGGAGUAUCCGCGCGGUUCUCAGUGGCGAAGGGGUUAUGAAAUGUGUGGGCUUCCGCCACUGCCGAGUGGGAACCGGCGGGGGCUUCGCGGGACGCCCCCCCGGCCUCCCAUUGGCAUCCUACGGAGGAGUUUCCCCUCGAGCAGUCGUGAGACGAAACUUUGCGCGCGGCCUGGGACCAAGUCGACUAUAUCGACGGUCAGGUAGUGCGCCCGGGAGCGGGGCGGGUAUUCCCUCAUUUCUCCAUUAUGAGAGAUAGGCUGUAUAGAGUGACCCGUGACACUCAGACGGGAGAAGAGAUCACCCAGUUGCUGGUGCCAAAACGCCACCGGGAAAUGGUUUUCCAGGCGGCGCAUGUGAACCCAAUGGCUGGACAUAUGGGUUACGACAAAACACUUAAUCGGGUAAUGGCCCGGUUCUAUUGGCCGGGCAUUCGGGCAGACAUGCGCCACUGGUGCGCCGCCUGCCCUCAAUGCCAACUGGUAAAUCCAGCGGCCGUCCCGAAGGCGCCCUUGCGCCCAUUACCACUUAUAGAGGUCCCAUUCGAAAGAAUAGGCAUGGACCUCAUCGGGCCAUUGCACCCGAGCUCACUGUUACAGGAUGAUUGUAUGGACAUGCGGCGCCACCCUGUGGCAGCCACGGUGCCCGCACCUAUAACUUGUCACUGUGUCACGUGUGUUUACCUCCGUUGUACUUCCUACAUGCAGCCUGAAUACACGGUACUGACACACAGCAGGACUCUUGUCGUCUUUAUAAUACAACACAUACUAUAACAUGGUGUCAGAAGUCCAAGCAGGACCCGAUUAUGCCCCACAUUCUGACCGUUUUGAGACAGUGUGCAUUUAUCUGUCUUGGUGAGUUUUAGCAGUUUCAGUUAGCCUGUUAGCUUUAGCACCGCGUUGGUAUAAUGGCAUCCAACAUCCCGCCUCCGGAGCCCAUGAAGAUGGCUGGAGACAUUCAUGGCAACUGGAAAAACUUCCGAGCAGAGUUUGAGGAUUAUCUGCUGGCAACGGGGCUCAACGAGAAGGAGAAGCCGUCCAAGCAGCGGUGCUGAGACGGCUAAUGGGGAACGACUGCCUCCAUGUUUACAAAUACAACCUGGGACUCACUGUCGACCAACAGAAAGAUGACGAUGCUAUUCUGGAGGCACUGUAGGGAUACUUUACCCCCGCGAAGAAUGUCACAUUCGAGAGGUACGUUUUUGGAAACUUAAAGCAAGAGGAAGGAGAACCCAUAGAUGCUUUUGUUACAAGGCUGCGAGAAAAGGCUGCCUCUUGUGAAUAUGGAGCUAUAAAAGAUGAACUCAUAAAGGACAAGCUUGUCCUUGGCAGUGCUGAUGAGGGCGCCAGACGUCGUUUGCUAAGAGAAAAUGAUCUCAAAUUGGAUCAAGCAAUCAUGAUCUGCCGUGCAGCUGAGGUCAUGGACAAUAAAUUAAAGACAAUGUCACUGGGCAACUCUGGGCCUGGAGAGAGCAUCAAUGCCGCGCAGGGGGGACAAAGAUAUGGACGCAGGUCUGCCGGUAGGUCAUCUGAGCCCACCAACACCAGUGCACAGCUCCAGAGAAUGAGAGACACAGUGGAAUGCAAGUACUGUGGUACAAGACACGCACGUGGGCGAGACCAGUGCCCUGCAUUUGGUAAAUCCUGCCGCUCUUGUGGCACUGCCAACCAUUUCGCCAAAGUAUGCAUGAAGAGGGGUCAGCACGCACGCCAGUUGAAUGCUGUGGAUGACCCGUCAACAGGGGAACAGGAGGACAGUGAUGAAAGAGAUGUGUACACAGCAGAGAGCGUGGGAGCGGUAAACACGCAAGGGAAAAAGUGGUUUGUCAAUCUGCCACUGCAACAGGGGGUCCAGAGGUGCCAGUUCAACUCGGGAGCCACCUGCAAUGUGAUUAGCAUGAAGGACAAGAUGAGACUGGCGCCUAGAACGCCUCUUCAGAAGAGUCACACCAGAUUGAAGCUGUACAACAGUGAGUGGAUGAACUCGCUGGGGUUGUACAGCACACAGUGUGUCAUUAGGGGCAGAACACACAAGCUGGACUUUAAGGUUAUGCAUACAGGCCAAAGGCCCUUGCUUUCGGGGGAGACAUGUGAGAUACUAGGCCUAAUACGAUUCACCAUUCCUGUGGAGCUAAAUAAAGUGGAACACUGCAGGAGGGGAGACCUGACCAAAGAGCGUCUCAUCAACACAUACCACGACGUGUUCACCAGCCCAGUCGAGUCCCUGCCUGGUGAUGUUCACUUUGAGCUGGACAGCAGUGUGGCGCCUGUGCAGUGUGUCCCCAGGAAUGUUCCAGUGGCCCUCAAGGCAGCUGUUAAAGCACAGCUCGAUCAAUAUGAAAAGGAUGGACAUUUAACCACAGUCACACAGCCCACAGACUGGAUUAGCAAUCUGGUCAUAGUGAAAAAAACGGAAAAAUUGAGACUAUGCAUUGACCCAAAGCCACUCAACCGAGCCCUGAAACGGUCCCACUACCUCAUGCCCACUUUAGAUGAUGUGUUGUACAAGCUCCAAGAAGUUUCCUAUAUGUCACUUAAGGGUUGA